AUGGGAGGCAAAAAACGCAACUGGAAGGCCAGAUUGUCAACAACCUCUUCUCUAAAUUCCUCGGAGAAGAAAAAAAUUUCCUAUUCCCUGGAAGACCUUAAAUGGUCAAGGGUGACAAUAUCUAGGAAUAACGAAACAGUGGAGGGAUGUUGCGGAAAAUCGGGCGUCCCCGACUGGAAUAUCAUACUUGGCACUUUAAAUACUGGAUCGCUUACUGGACGCUCCAUGGAGAUCGUCGACAUGCUGGAAAGGCGAAGGGUUGGCAUCUGUUCUCUGCAGGAAACAAGAUGGAAAUCAAAUGGCGUCUCUCUCAUUUGGAGUUACAAGUUGUUCUGGAAUGGCCAAAAGACAGCCCAAAAUGAAGUGGGAAUUUUCAUACGGGAAUUACUGGCACAAAAUGUACUGGAGGUGACUCGAAUCAGCUUACGACUAAUGCUGAUUAAACUCAGAAUAGGAAAACAGGUUCUGAAUGUUUUCUCUGCAUAUGCACCACAGACCGUUGAAUCUGAACACGCCAAAAAUGACUUUUGGAACACACCCUCAGAUGCCGUCAGGAAAACACCAUCAUCAGAGAUACCAUUGAUAUGUGGCGACUUCUACGGCCAUGUUGGAGAUGAAGCUGAAAGCCAUGAACUCUCCCUGUUAAACACCUACUUCAAGGAGAGGGCAUAA